CUUCAGCCCGGGCUCAUUGUCUAUUGUUCUCCUAACACUAGACCACUAUUUCGCACUGAGACUGUCAAGGCUGCAGUUAAAUCCAAGUGCCCGGCUUCUUGUGAAUAUGAAGUGACGGGCUCUGACCCAGAAAGUGGCAGGUUCUACACAGGGCGAAAAUGGGCUCCCGGCAGUGUGGAGGCUGCCUAAGCUGCCUGCUGAUUCCGCUUGCACUCUGGAGUAUCAUUGUGAAUAUUUUAUUGUAUUUCCCCAAUGGGCAAACUUCCUACGCAUCCAGCAAUAAGCUCACCAACUACGUGUGGUACUUUGAAGGCAUCUGUUUCUCAGGUGUCAUGAUGCUUAUAGUGGCAGCCAUUCUUCUUGUCCUGGAGAAUGAAAACAGCUGUAAACGUUGCCACAGUGAAAACUGCAGUGAAAAAUACACGACACUGCUGUCCAUCAUCUUUUCUGCCCUUGGAGUUGCUUUCUCUGGAUACUGCCUGGUCAUAUCGGCAUUGGGUCUCGUCCAGGGCCCAUACUGCCGCACCCUCGAUGGCUGGGAGUACGCCUUUGAAGGCACUGGUGGACGUUUCCUUACAGAUUCCAGCAUAUGGAUUCAGUGCCUGGAACCCACACACGUAGUGGAAUGGAACAUCAUUUUAUUUUCCAUUCUUAUAACGCUCAGUGGGCUGCAAGUGAUCAUCUGCCUCAUGAGAGCAGGCAUGCAACUGUCUAAGAUACUGUGUGGAACCUACUCGGUCAUCAUCCAGCCUGGAAUUAUUUGAAACAGGACAUGUAUGCCUGCUAUCAAGAUACAGACAUCAAUCUAAGUCAUAUCCACUGUAUAGACUUGAUUCAAAUGAUGAUGUUUCCUCCAUUUCAUGUCUGUUGUGUCCAUUUGUGAAUUAUACAGUCUUCAGUGAAUGGGCCAGUUACACUGUCCUUCCAUCUUGAAUGUUUUUCCAAGCAGCUUCGGAAACAUUUGUACCCUUUAUGCAAACAUAUCUGUUCCCAGGAAUCUAUUCUAUGGAAAUAAAUAAGAUUACAAGAUAAAACUUAAUGCAAAUGUGUAUACUGUUGCAGUGCUUAAUAUUCUAGAAAAUUAAGAAUAC